CUCGCUGUCAGUCUGGGCCGCGCGACCCCCGCUCUGCCUCGCUGCCGGCUUCUCGAGCCCGGCGCCCCACUGGAGAUUUUCACGCCUAGCUUUUACCGUGUCCUGAGACCCCGCUCCUCUCCCCUCACCCCACCUACAGCUGCAAGUGACUGCAGGCCCGAGCCCGGGAGAGGACCCGCUUGCCAGGGUCGGGCCCGCCUGGCCCGGAGAGGUUUAGCCCGACGCGCCGGCCUCACCUCACACUCCUGCCCGCCCCCCGGGGGUCCCGCCGCCCGGCCAUGGCCCAGAAGCCCAAGGUAGACCCCCACGUCGGGCGGCUGGGCUACCUGCAGGCGCUGGUCACGGAAUUCCAGGAGACUGAGAGCCAAGACGCCAAGGAGCAAGUCCUGGCCAACCUAGCCAACUUCGCCUAUGACCCCAGCAACUACCAGUAUCUCAGGCAGCUGCAGGUCCUGGAUUUAUUCCUCGAUUCGCUGUCGGAGGAGAAUGAGACCCUCGUGGAGUUUGCUAUUGGAGGCCUCUGCAACCUGUGCCCAGACAGGGCCAACAAGGAGUACAUCCUGCAGACGGGGGGCGUCCCUCUCAUCAUCAACUGCCUGUCCAGUCCCAACGAGGAGACCGUGCUGUCGGCAGUCACCACCAUCAUGUACCUGAGCUCGCCUGGCCCCAGCUCCCACCCCGAGCUGACCGCCACGCCUGUGGUCCAGUGCAUGCUGCGCUUCUCUCUGUCGGCCAACAGCAGGCUCCGGAACCUGGCCCAGAUCUUCCUAGAAGACUUCUGUUCUCCCAGCCAGGUGGCCGAAGCCCGCAGCUGGCAGGCUCACUCUGCCCUGGGUAUCCCACUGCCAAGGACUGAGGCCCCACAGCAGCCCUGAUCUAAGGAGACCUCACGGCCAUGGCAACCUUAUGCCAGACAGACCCAAUUCCCUUUGGGAGCUCAGCAUAGCUCCCACUGUGCACCUUCUCCCAAAUGGCGCCUUUCCGGCCAUUUCAAAGGUGAGUUUGCCCAAAUGAUAGGUAUUUACACUGUGAUGAGGUAUUAGGAGGUGAGUGAGGAAGCUCGACUUGAGACCCGUGGAGACGGAAAUCCCAGGUGGCCUGCUCUCAGCCAAGUAGCUGAAGGUGAAGGGCAGUCCCCUGCCAGGCGCUCACCCUCCUGUAAGCCGCUGGCACCCUAGGUCAGAGGCUGUGCAGAAGGCGGUGCUCACGAGGAGGAGCUUGGCCUGCACCUAGGAGAAUUGCCUGCACCGGGGUCUGGAGUCAUCUUUAGGACCAGAAACUAAAGAUCUGAGUUUCCUGGGGCUCUGGGAAAAUGCGAAGGUGUUACACUCACUCUGGGGCUCUGGAGACUGGCUACCUGCCGUCCAGACUCUACAGGCUGGCCGUUUAGAGGUGACAAAUGCCCACCUGUCAACUGUUUCUCUGUAGGGCCCUGUCUGCUAAACGCCAUGUUAGGGCUUCAAGGACUGAGGCUAGCUAGGGCCCUGCUCUGAGUGGCGUGGCCCCCAUGACUAACAUCGCCAUCAGGCAUUAAGACCAAGGCCAUGGGGGUGAUGAUCCACCUUAAUAAAGACAUGACCCUUCUCCCCUCACCACCCUGGCCCUCCUCUGCCAUCAGGGUUGGCGAGGGUCUGCUGCCCCUAGAAGUGCAUCUCCGGCCCGGGAGGGCCUCGGGGAUGCAGAUAAAAGGGUGCUCAGGGCAGAAGAGGCGCAGAUCCUGGCGUGAAGCGCGGCUCAGUCACAGUGAGUGCUGUCAGCACAGGGACAGGACAGGACCCCAUAGAAAGUUGGGGUUCGAAGCAGUGGGGGUCCUGAUCUCAAGCUUGACCCUUAGGGCUAAGGAAAAGCAGUUGCCAGGGUAAUGGCAUCCAGGAGGGCAUGGAGUUGGGCCAACUCGUCAGCCUCCAUCCCAACACCCCCCCGCGCUCCCAGGGGGCCCUAUCCCUUACUUUCCCAAAUAAAGGACCUUCAAA